CGGGGAUGAGGGUUGAGCAGCGGGAUUUCGGAUCGUGGAUGUCGGGGGGGAACGGGGCCGGAGAUGGGGGAGUAAGCGGAGAAGGGAGUAUCGAUCAGUCGGGGUCGGGAUGAGGGGGUCGGGAUCGGAGGCGGGGAAGGGAAGGGUCGGGCUCCGGGACGGGAGGGGCGAUGUCGGGAUCGACGGGAUCGGGGUUCGCGGGGAGGUGGGAGGAACGGCCGGGGUCGGGAGCGACGGGAUCGGGAUUCGCGGAGGGCGGGGAGGAACGGGAUCGGAAGUUGGAGGAAUCGGGAUCGGAAGUAGGGAGGGGGGGGUAUCGAUGGGACGGGGAGUCGGGAUCGAUGGGAUCGGGGGGUCACGGAUCGGGGCUCAAUGGGCAAGGUCGGGAUCAGCGGGAUCGGGGUUCGCGGAGGUCGGGGAGGGACGGGGUUGGAGUGGCGAGCAUCGGACGUCUUCGGCCGGCUCCUGCAGUGGUCGUGCCAUUCCCGCGUGCUCCACAACGGUCGAAAAAUACGUAUUUUGUAAGCACCCUCUUGCAGCCAGCUGCGAGAUUGCAUCAAUUUCUUUCAUUGGCGUCUUCCCUCUCGCACCGUUUUUCUCCGUUCGCCGCGCUUGCCACAGCGCGAGUGCAUCUUUUGUUUCUACUACCCUGUCGUUCAUGGCAGACCUGUACCGCAGGCUGCCUUUGCUGCUGCUCGCCGUUGUGCUGCUCCUUGCCGUUGUCGUCUUCCAUAUUUGCUGCCUCGUGCGCAUUCCAGGGAGGAAACAGACGCGGCGAACGUCGAAGACAGCCAGGAAGAUGGAGAGGGUACAAACGAGGACCACGUUGUCCGUUGGGGCUGCGGGGUCGUCACGUCAGCGCUGCAGAAGUGCGGAAGCAGUGAGGAGGCCGUACGACCCCGCACUGUACAGCCACUUGCCGUCCCACGAGAUACCGUUGCCUCCAAGUGACGAUGACGGCGACAACCUACGAUGUUCUUCCCUUCCUCUGGGCAGCGGUUCGACUCAGGAUUGGAUGGGGAGCCAGCUGCACAGGCAGGCAUCGACGCCGACGUACACUGAUCUGCUGGAGGGGCGUACCCCGGCUGGUUAUGACCCAGGACUGGUGGAUCUCAGCUUCGGAUUGAGGUCCGGGAGUGCCGAGAAGGUGACGCGCACCGUUAUCAUGAACCCAGCUUCGGGCACCACCCACACACCGGCUCUAGUGACAACGCGGACUGGCGGAUCAGUUCCGUGUAGAAUGACGCCGGCAGGCGGCACAGUGGACGGACGACGCCCAAACGAAGAGUGGUCAGCAACGGAGGUCGUUGGUCAAAAGUUUUGGGAUGAUCAUCGGCGACAAUCCCGUGAGGCGAGCACGGCCGGCAUAACGAGAGGGGUGGCGAAGAUUACCGUGGGGGCGGACGAUAUAUUGGGCGAUGAAGAUGGUGCAGUUGGGGAGGAUUGCGAGGCGGACGACGGGGCCGGUGACGAUGACGAGGAGGACGACGAGGAGAUGGAGAUUCGUCCAGUAGGGAGAAAGCGGGGAGGGUCAAGGGCCGCGAAAAAGUUGCCGGAAACGCGCACAGGGCGGAGGGGGAAGAAGGGUGUGGAAGAUGCGUCGGCUGGCGAGGGAUCGCAAAGCCGGGAUUUUUGGACCGUGGAGCACAUGAUUGCUCUCAUCCGGGCAAAAAGAGACCAGGAUUCGCAUCUUGCCGGCCUCGCGCACACCAUGGGAAGGAUGAAGACGAAGACAUGGAAGUGGGACGACGUGGAGAAGAGGCUGGUGCAGAUGGGGGUGACGAGUAGAAAGGCCGUCGAUUGCGAGAAGAAAUGGCACAACCUGUACCAGCAAUUCAAAACCGUGCACAAGUUUAUGGGAGAAUCGGGGAAGCCAAAUUUCUUCACACUGACGCCAGGCGAGAGGAAGGAGCGGGGGUUCGAUUUCCGGAUGGAUGAGCGUGUGUAUUUGGAGAUGGCGGCGAUGACCAGGAGCGAUCACACCAUACACCCCACCAAUCUCGCCGACACCGGUGCGACUGGAGGUGUUCAAAUGCCCGGCCCACGCCGAGGUCGGAUUGAAUCUGGCGGUAGUGAGGGGGGCGGGGAUGGACAGGACGACGAUCAGGGGUCCACGAGGGAUUCUAUCAGCGGCGGUGGUGUUGGCGGGGCCAGCAAACGGAAGAAUGGGAGGCAGCAGACCUUCGACACGAUUGCAGACGUGAUGAAGGAGCACGGGAGUCUGAUGGCGACAACCGUGGACAGCGCGAGCAAGAGACAGUGCUCAAUUCUGACUAGGCAGUGCGACAUUCCGGAGUGCGAGGUUGAAGUGCAGAAGGAACACUACGUUAAGGCCGAUCAGGCGAACUUGAUGAUGUGCGAACCACUUAUGGAGAUUGCUAAAGCGAUCCGCGAGCGAUCAUUCCGAUUUGUGGACCAGAUGCCCCCACGGGGCACCUCGGCGAGGGGCAGGAAAGAGGGCGGGGUGGGCGACGGCGGGGAAACCAACAAAGGAAGAGGCCACAUACCGAAGUCGAAAAGGCAGCACAUCGAUGACGCCAGCUCCUCACAAACUGAUGACUUCCUCGCAGACGAAGUGGCUAUGGUGGACGCGCACGGGACGGCAGGGGUCGCGAGGUUGGGUUUCGGGAGGGAUGGAGUGUCGAGGGAGCAGCUGCAAGCAGUGAAACGCAGCGUUGUUGGCGGUGCUGCCAGGACAGUGCCAAGGACCCCAAACACGGCAGGGGUUGUCGUCACGGGCGCGCGCGUCGCGGGACAACUUUCGGCGGCGACACGCCAAGGUCAGCCACGUCAGGCACUCCCCCUGCAACACGUGUUGGCAUCAGGGGGAGGGCACACGGCGCCCGCGCAAAAGGGCGACGAGACGGCCAGCCCCAGUCGGACGGCGGCGGCAGAUCACACACCUAAAGCUGGAGUCGUCGAAGGUGCGAAAGACAGGCGGGGGGUCGACGACGUUGGCCGUGACGAUGGUCGAAGAGACAGAAAGCGGGAGGACAAUGACGGCGACGACCGUCCACUUGUGCCGAGGGGGAAGGGAGCGCCGAAGGAGGACGAGCUGGAAGAGAAGGCAAAGUUGUGGGUUGAUUGCGACGCUUUCUGGGGUCAGGGUCCCGGGAAACCUCUGAGGGAGCCGGUAGGCGAAUGCAACGACUACUUCGUCGCCAUCGCCAACGGAGACGCAGGAGCUGAGCCGCCUUCGAUGCUCAUCAUGCCGCCAAAUGACGUGCCGCGCUUCAAGAUCGACGACCCGGCGCAGCGUGAUCCGGCUCUCCGCAUAGCGCGCAGCGUGGAGAGAGUAGUGUUGUGGACCAUCCAUGGUUGGAUCUUUAAAUUGCAGUCGAGGUCGACUGGCUUCUCUCGUGCAGAGUCGUACAUCACCGUCGAUUUCGCCACGGACCUCGCACGAGCAGUUUGGCAGGCCUUGGAAUGGUCGAGAGUGGUAUCCCCUGCACUCGUCUACCACACGUUGGCGAUGAAGAUGGACGUGCCUCUGUGGUUCGCGGGGGUGAAGAUAGAGGACCACCUGGAAGACGACGACAUGGCGGCGCGGCAGGAGGCGACAGUUCUUCUGCUGGCGGAGUGCUGGACUGAUGCGCUGUGGUGCGGACAGUGGGCGGAUGGCGGGCGCGUAAAACAGGAGAGGUUGUCCAGGCUGGCGGACAGUCUGCGACCGUUGUUGUGCGCGGUCAUGUGGAUCAUGCGCAUGGGAGGUGACGACGACCGAUCGCAUUACGAGGCAUGGUCGUACGCGUCCAUGGUCGUGAAACCGACGAUGAUAGCGGCGGGGUCGUACAUCUUCAACUGGCUCCGACACAUGGUGGACUCCGCCAACCUUGUCCUCAAUUGUCUAGGGAAGGCCCACCUCACACUGGGAGAUUACCCGCAAUGCAUUCCGGAAUGGUGCGAUUGCGGGUUGGCGCUCGGGCACAACGCUUCCCUGAAGAACGCGGCGGAGGCCGCGAAACACGGGUUGAUCAGCAGCGGGCCCGCGGCGGAUGACGAUGGAGAUGAUGGCAAGUGACACGUCAUCUCGCCCAAAGGUGGCAGCGGGUUGGUGCGCAUCGUCGGCGCUUCGUCGACGGUGGUGACGAGUGAACGAAGCG